UUAGAGACUACAUCACAGGGCUAACAUCACAGCAAUGAUCUCACAAACACACAGACUAACUAAGACACCGAGCUGGAAGAGCUAAAUCAGAUAUUUCAGUGCAGUGUUUACAAUUAUUUGUCAUUUUGUCUUCUCAUUGGUCUUUUUCCGUCAUAACAAAAAUUGCUCAAGUCUUAUCUGACCUCCUGCUCAGACUCUGCUCUUCUGUCUGGCUGCACUUCACACAGAUCUAACUGGGAACCUGUGAACUAUGGAGAGAAGUGAGACGUGGGAGAGAAGGAGUGUUGAUGAGAUGCUGAAAAGAGAGGAGGAAGAGGAGGAGGAAAAUGUCCUGGUUGAGAGCCUCAGACAAGAGGUAGAGGGCCAGGAGGAGCUGCAGGUCUCCGACACUGAAGAUGAGGAGGGAUCCACUCCCCUCAUCACUGCCUGUCAUAAAGGCAUGACUGAGGUAGUACAGCGGCUGCUGAGGGGCGGGGCUGAUAUGACCCUGUGCAACUACAGUCAGCAGACAGCGCUCCACACAAGCCCUCCUGAGCUCCAGGGGAAAGUGUUGGGGUGGAUGUUGAGGCCUCAUCUGCCUCCCCAGGCACAGCUGCUGCAGGCUGCCUGGCAGGGAGACCUGCACUCCCUACAGAACCUGCUGGCUCAGACAGACGGGGUGGAUGUGAACGUGCCUAACAGCGACGGCGUGACAGCUGUGAUGCUUGCUGUUAGGGACAUUGACCUGUUUGAGGGCAUAGUGACACUGUUGCCAUGGGAAUAUAGACCUGUGGAGGUGGUCAAGGAACUGCUGGGACUCUCGGUUGAUCUGCGGGUACGAGACCACAGCGGCUGCUCUGCUCCCCACUACGCUGCAAACAUCAACAGCCCUCUGAAGGAGGAGAUCAUUCACAUGCUGGUCGAGGCCCUAAGUCACACAGAUGCUGCCCCCAUGUCCCUCCUAGCCCUCGACAAAUACUCAUGCCAGGAUUUGGAUUCAGAGUUUGGAGAUUCGGACGUAGAGCUGGACCUUGAGACCCUUUAUCCUAAUCAGUCGACAGCUGCCUCCCCCACACAGACACCAACCCAGCAACACCACUUUCUACUAUACAGCCACACAGGGGAAGUGCUGGAGUCUCCAGGGUACCCCCCUCUAUCUGAGAAUCAUAAAGACCUCAGCCAAGAUAAGGGAAUCCCCCUCUGUUUCCAAAACGCCAUGGAAACGCUGAGAGACAUCAGGCAAGCCUACCAGGACACAGGGAGGGGAAGCAGGGGAGGUUUGUUUCUGCCGAGUCUUAGCGACAACCAUAGGCGCUGGAGCCACCUGGAUCCUGCUCCAUCAUCUGGUUUGCUGAGUACCAGGACCUCCUGUCUGCCUGUGCCCCCCAGACACAGACAGAGAACAAGAAGUGUGGUUGUUGCCUCCCCAUCCUCCCCCGGCCUGCUGUCUGUGGCUGAAUCCAGCCAGCUCAGCCAAUCAGCCCCCAGCAUCAUGGAACCACAACUGUGUUCAAACACUAUGAUCCAGGCCAGGGCACACAUCCAGACCCGACUGGGUUCUCAAGACACUGGAAAUGAACAAAAGCUCUCGCAGGGUCUCUUGCAUCCCAGAACACCCAAGCUGUUGGCACCAAUAGACAGCAGGCCCAGGGACAUUGGGGCUCUGCCAGUACUAAAGCACCACGUUCCCCUGAAGCCCAUUAGUGGUAGCCCCCUUUGCUCCAGGACCCGGCUGAGGAGAGAGAGGCUGUCCCGGGGCAGCCCACACACUGGCCCUCUGACCACUAAGGGUGGCAGUGAGGAGAGUGGAUCCAGCAGCAGCCAGAGUUCCAUUGAUUUGGAGGAUGAGGAGGAGGAAGACGAGAGGGAUAUGCAUGAGAGAGCCACAGGAGAAAACCAUUUGAAGUUUGUUGGAGACAGGUUGUUACAGCAUUCAAAUGAUGUGAGCUCCACCGAGGCUGAUUUGGUUGGGGAGACAAGGCGGCAUUUUAAUGUUCAGUCGAGGAUCAGUCACAUUCCACCGAUCCAUAAAUCAGCAAAUAACCUGGAUGGAGAGCCUAUCAAUCACACAAGUGACCUUCUCAUCACUGAAAAAGCUAUAAACUCUCACUGUGAAGUCAAAGGCACCACAAAAGAGCCUGUUGACAGUCAGUCCUUUAUGAAAUGUAAUGAUGCACAACAAGGAGACGGUUCGAAUCCUACUAAAGACAAAGUGGACAAUGAAAUACCUAUCACAUCAAAGUCUAAGGAGGAAAAGAAUAAUGUGGGCGAAAGCACAGAGCCUGAAAACGGGGUUAGCCAAGGGACAUUUAAUAUGAAUAAUUACCUGUGUGAUGCUAUUGAAUCCUCUGAAGGAAAUUACAGACAUUACCUGCAGCAUAUAAAACAGACAGAAAGAACAAUGAAGGAUUCCUGGUAUGAAGAAACCCGGGUAGAUAACCCAGUCCCUCAUAGAAAGGAUAUAAAGUUAAAUACUAGUACUGCUGAGAAGAGAACUGAGUUAUUUACUUCAGCUGUAAACCGUCCCCAGUCAGACAUGAAGGAGAGAGACGAGAAGGUGUUGAAAGUGUUAAAGCCUAUCCGGAGCAAGGAGAGACGAACCAGCAUUUGUAUGACUAUUCAAACGAACCAGCAGUCCUUGCUAGCGCACAAAGACAGAAGCAUCCUAAAUCGGAACAAGUCCAAAAGCAAUCUGAAGUACUCCUCACUUUCCACACAAGUUAAAGAUAAAACCAGGAAAAACCCUGAGCUAGUAAUUAGUGGAGAGACAGUCACAAAAGUAAAACCAAAGCUUAAAUCUGUUAAAAGUGCUCAUUGCAACACUGGCACCCCAUCUCCACGAAAGAAGGUGAGCGAUCAUGCACAAAGCAAAAGAGCAAAUCCUGACAAGUUGAGCAGCAACAGUGUUCAACAGCACUCACCGGCAAGGGAGCUGAAGAGCACCCGGCAGUUGAAGAGACCCGGUCUUACAGGGACACCAAGGUCUAAAUCUGCUGUGGACUUCAUCACUUACAAAGACAUGUUUCAGCAGAUACAGAGUGGGGAGGAAGGACCAGCCAUCUAUGAGAUGUUUGCUGGUCCUAUCUUCGAUAACCUCCGAGUUUCCAGCUCUUGUGAGAAAGUGAAGGACAGACAAGUGCAGUCAGCUAAAGUCAAACACAGACCAUUGAAACAAGCACAGAGUAAGCUGAGGAGAAGUCCAGGGGAGAGAAUGGUGGUUUCAGCUAAAAGCAAACCAAGACUUGCAUCCUCUAGGGUGAAACAUAACCUCACACCUGUAUCAAAGAAGGGCCCACACAAAAUUAAGGAUGUGGACUCGCACAAAGAGACUGAGUUAGUUCUCUCCAAUGAUGUUGACACUAAUCGUACAAGUGCUCAUGAAAAGACUGAUGAUCAUUUGUUAUCUAUCAUAGAGGAGGCUCUGUCUAGAUACGGGUCUGAAACAUUAAAAUCUGAUAACAAAACACUGACUAAGGCAGCAACUUCAUCUCAUCUUGAAGACUACAGUCACACACAAAAAAAUGACAAUUCAUCAAUAGGAAACCCAAACCGACCGGUUCCUGAGUCUGCGUUAUCUCAAAGCCCCCAACAGCCAAAGAUCAACACUUGGACGUCUUCUAGCAGCAGAAGCCAAACCAUUAUGUCACCAGUUUACCAGAGGUUUCUGGAUGAGGUGGGGGAAGGGCCACUUACAGAUGACCUGCUGCAAUGUCUGGCUGAGGAGCUGAUCUCACUGGACGAGAGGGAUGUAUCCAUAGGCCCCUGUCCUGAGAACCUGGAACCAAGCAAAGAGGAUUACAACAGAGAAUACAAUCCGGUAACAGGAAGAAAUACAUUUCCUGAGGUUGGUUCAACAUACAGUGCUGCUUUGCUUGGCUCUGGGUUGGUUGUAGAUGACACCAUCACAUGGACAAAGGGGGAAGUACUCGGCAGGGGAGCCUAUGGGACAGUGUACUGUGGCCUGACAAGUCAGGGCCAGCUGAUAGCGGUGAAACAGGUGACCCUGGAUACCUCUGACCCUGACGCUGCAAAGAAGGAAUACAGUCGCCUGCAGGGGGAGGUGGAGCUGCUUAAAACCCUUAGACACAGCAACAUUGUGGGCUUCCUGGGGACCUCACUUUAUCAGCAUAUGGUUUCCAUCUUCAUGGAAUACAUCCCUGGAGGAUCCAUCGCUAGCAUCCUGCACAGGUUUGGUCCUUUACCAGAGCGUGUGUUGGCUCUGUACACCCAGCAGAUCUUGGAAGGGGUGGACUACCUUCACCUGAACAGGGUGAUACACCGUGACUUGAAGGGAAACAACGUCAUGCUGAUGCCCACUGGCGUUAUCAAGCUCAUAGACUUUGGUUGUGCACGCCGCCUCAGCUGCCUGAACCACACUUCUAGCAACAGUGGAGAUCUGCUCAAGUCUGUCCAUGGCACGCCAUACUGGAUGGCACCAGAGGUUAUCAAUGAGACAGGAUAUGGCAGGAAGUCAGAUAUAUGGAGUGUGGGUUGCACAGUGUUUGAGAUGGCCACAGGAAAACCACCACUGGCACACAUGGACAAGAUGGCUGCCCUGUUCUACAUUGGGGCACGAAGAGGGUUGAUGCCCUCUUUACCAGAUGUAUUUUCGGAUAACGCCAAGGAUUUUGUGAAAAUCUGCUUGACAAGUGACCAGAGACUACGGCCAUCUGCAGACCAGCUGCUGAAGCAUUCGUUCAUCCUAUCCCAAAAUGAGACCGGAGUGAACUCUUAGGAAACACAGAAAAAGAACUGCUGUGGUCACCCAGAGGGACUGUGUGGUUAACAAGGAGUUACACAAAACAGAAUAUUUUUUAGUUCAAUGGGACAUUAAAUGAUUUAAUUCAGAUUGGUGAUUCAUAUUCAAGUAUAUUUUGUGACCCUUUAAGGGCCUGCCACCUUUCCCCCAGGGAUGCAUCAGUAGUGUGUUUGGGAACAUGGGGCAGUAGGCUUAUGUCCCAGACUAUCACCAAGAAGAAACUGAAGAAAGGAACUGUGAGAAGCACUUUUAUACAUUUCACUUGUUACAUUUGGUACAUUAAUAGAACCUAUAAAAUGUGAAGAGAUAGAUGCCAGAUUUUUGUUACUGACUUUGGGUAUUUCCUAUAGCAAUUUUAUAAAUGUGCCAAUCUUAUUCACAUCUUAAAUUUAUGUGUACAGUGUAACUCCAGGUGUUUGUGCUGUGUGACGUUUUAGUUUUGAUAAAAAUGUGCCUAAUACAUAUUGCAGCACCAUCACAUUUUAACAUAGAUUAUAAGCUCAUUUUUAUAACCUACAUUUGUCGGUGCUGUUAGCUUUCCUCUGAUGAGUUAUUGAGGAAUCAGUGUGUAAAAUCAUGGUUGAAGAGACAUGCCACUGAACUUUGCAUCAAUAUAAGCUACUGCACAAGCCUGUCUCCUCAUAUUCAAAUUAGUAAUUUCUUUAUACUUAGUAACAUGUAUAUAUGCAUAAUACAAUGACGGCAACAACCAGUUUAUAAAGUGUCAGGGUAGUGGCAACUUUAAAGUUUAUUUGCAAUAUUGAAAUGAAAAUAAAAAAAGAUUGUAAGGAGUGGCUUACGCUCACUUGUCCACAACAGCUUUUGUUCUGUGCCCACAAAUCUAAAUAACUAAUGAGGUUACCAACCAUCCAGCUUCAGUCUUAAUGUGUAAUUUAAAAAUAAACAAGUAACCAAGUCAAGAACAGAGGGGAUUUGAGAACAAUAUAGAGUUUAAUGUAGGAAACUAAUGUAAAGAUGUGCCUGGACAGGUACAUGGCUGCAAAUGUAAAUUCAACCAAUUUGAUGGACAUCAGUGACAAAACUCAUUAGGGACGUCCACAUCGCAGAAUGAUACUGGCGUUAUCCAGCAGGUCAUGUUGCAUAUGGCCAGUUGGUCACUGUUCUGACAAGUGUUUCUGGGAUGUAACGGAGCCAAAAGUUGUUUUUUGUGUGGUUGAUUCAAUAAUACUUGUAAUAUGUACUCCCUUUAUGAGCUGACAUCUAAGGGCUACAGCUUCAUGUCAUGAAAUUAUGUCUGAUGCACUUCAAAGUAAAAAGAGUUAUGUAAACUUUAA